AUGACGAGGUUGUCGGGAGAACUUGCAGUGCAAGGGAUGGUGAGCUUUCGAUUUAAUUGGCUGGCAACAAUCGAUAUAAAUAAAGGGAACUACAACAUUAGAGCCGACGAUGGGCUAUGUUGCGGAAACGAGGAAGGCGUUUUAAACCUUCCCAGAUCUAGACAAAGGGUCAGCACAAAGCGUGACGAUUGGGACCCAGAUUCUCCGCUCGUGUUCAAUACCGAUGAAUGGCACAUGAAGGAAUGGGCGAGCGCUGAUAGGAAGGGUAAAAAUAUGAUGAGGCAAGCCUUCCGAAACUAUUUUACGGGGAGAAAUUCGUUAGAAACAAGGAUAAAGAUUUACAAGAAGUUACCACCGCUCGCUCCUAGCGAGAGUACGCGGGACGAAUGCAAUCCGUAUUAUAUAGGGGUGGACUUUUGUGGCUCGAAUGGAGAUUGCGUGGAUCUAUCUUCAGGUAACCCUUCUCAGCCGGUUUCAAGUGUGUCUCCUUCUACUGCCAAUGCUUCAUCUACAGUUGUCACUCCGGUAGGCAGUGGCCUAGAAGAUUACUUUAAAUGCGAAUGUUACAAAGGUUGGCAAGGAAGAUUCUGCGACAAAGACAUUAACGAGUGUACUUUAUCGGUCUGUCAGAAUAACGCGUACUGCGAAAAUUUUAUGCCGCCAAAGAGGUAUACGUGUACAUGCCAACCUUACACUUUUGGGAUAGAUUGCGAAAGAACAUACCCACCCUCUGCCGAAGGUUUUCAGUGUCACAGUGCCGACAACUCCAGUCUAAUAGAUUGGUUGACCCCUGAUAACUUUGUUCUCUUAGACUUUUUUCCUUUGGGAAGGGUAAAACAUGCCGAUUCUUACAGUGUUAGAGCUAUGAAUAAACAACUCGCGGCUCUAUCGAAGUUACAGAGCAACGGAAAAAAGUUGGGCCACAUAGAAAACAUGUGGCUUAGAACCCACGCCAAGCGCGUUUACGUGUAUAAUGCACUCCAACCUACCUUGAAGGAAACGCAUCUCAGACCCAUCGAGUUCGUGAAAUACGACAAUAGCUUUGGUUGGAACUUCAACACUGUGGAAACGGCUGGUAUUAAAGUAACGGAGGAAGAUGGUAAAAAGGGUGUCAGAAAAGAAGGAAGCAAGGGUAAAAUGCCUUUCGAGCACGUGAUAGAGAUUAACUUCCCAGAACCGACCCUUAUCAGAGCAUUCGUCACUAGGGGUGGACUCGAGAAAAAGAAAAUCUCGUGUGACACGUGUAAAAGAUUGGUCACCAAAUACAGGAUAACUUUCAGGAGCGGUGCCAGAAGAUGGUUCAAAUUUAUAGAUCAAGCCAAGAACGACAUCAUAUUCAGCGCCUUAGAAACGGGGGAGAGUUACAGAACAGUGGAAGACCUCAAGGCCAUGGAUAUUACCAGGGCUAGAGUAAAGUAUCCGCCCAACCCCUUCACCGCCGAAGCGAUACGGGUCCACGUUUUAGAAUGGUUCCCGAGAGAUUUACAGUUACAUUCGAUAAACACCAACGUGUGGGGAACUAAUAAGUACCUGAGUAAGAUGAUGGGUAGAGCGAUGGCUAUGCAGGCCAGCUCUAAGGAUGUCGUCGAAGCCCAAAACCCUGUGCUUAGAUUUGAUAUACUGGGAUGCCAUUUGUGA